AUGCCUUCGUUUAAUCCCUUCAACGCGGUGACAGGACGUCAUAGCUACAGCCUAUUCGAUGUUAGGUUAGACGAUGAUUUCAUCGUUUUCCGUGGCAACGACCAGGAGUCCUCUGGACAGCUCCUCAAAGGCGUCGUGGUACUAUGCCUGUCUUCACCACUUCGCAUGGAGGACGUCCAUCUACGUCUGAUUGGAACCCUCCGCCUGCAUUGGUCUGAUCCCGGAUCUAGCACACCCGGUGUGACGGGCCAGAGAGUCGACCGAACGGUCAACAUCCUCGACCACAGAUGGCCAGCCUUUGUCGGCACGCACGGCAAGAGCAUGACGCUCCCCGCCGGAAACUAUGAAUAUCCGUUCGAAUAUACUCUACCUGGAGACACUGCCGAAAGUGUCGAGGGCAUCCCCGAAGCAUCCAUCACAUAUCGACUCAAGGCCACCGUCAGCCGCGGCAAAUUUGCCUAUGACCUGCACGCUUACAAGCACCUCCGCAUCAUCCGAACACUCGAGCCUGGCGCGCUUGAAUUCCUGCACGCAAUGAGCGUCGAGAACAUCUGGCCCAACAAGAUUGAAUACUCCAUUGUCAUCCCCCAAAAGGCCGUAGUCUUUGGCGGCACCAUUAACAUGGAGAUGCGAUUUACCCCGCUACUAAAGGGUCUGGAAUUGGGAGACAUCACUGCCAAAAUGGUCGAGAUACGAGACUGCUUCAUCCAAGGAGCUACUGGCCUCAACAUGCGAGAACACCGAACAGAGCGAGACGUUGCAUCUUGGAAGUUUGCAGUGGACCGCGAGGAGCAUUGGCAUGACAUGAUUGAAGACAGUGGACAGGAGGGCUGGUUGCUGACCAAACCGCUUGAGCUGCCCAAGAAACUGCGCCAGUGUAUCCAGGAUCUGAAUCACCAUGGCAUCAGAGUAAGACAUAAGAUUAAGCUCACUGUCGCUCUCAAGAACCCGGACGGACAUAUUUCUGAGCUACGAGCGACUCUCCCGGUUUCUAUCUUUAUCUCACCCAACAUUCCAUUCGACGAGCAAGGCAACCUGGUUAACCAAGCUCCCGGAGGCGCGACCCUUGAACAGGACCUUGGAUCAAUUGCGCCUCCCGGAUAUGGCGAACACGUACUCGACCAGCUUUACGAUGAAGUGGAUGUAACCGGGUUUCAGACACCAGCCGUCCAUUCUGGAUUCAACAGCCCCUUUUAUGGACACUCCCGGACGGGCUCCUCCGAAAACCUGGCAGCAUUUUCUCUCAGCGCGGCUAUAACGCCAGCUGCGCUUUCGUCUAGGCUGGCAGACGUCUCGCUAGAUCCAUCGCAGCGAAACAGCUCAUAUCAAUCCGUCCAUAAUGCGUCCGGCAGAGCCUCACCUACGCACGGAUCAAGCCAUGCAUCUCAAAAUUCUCAAACCCCAGCUCACCUGAGCCGAACGAACAGCGAAGAAGAAGAAUCCAGCGCCAGGAGCUCAGGGGAGCGGGCUCAGGUAGACGUUGCAGAAUUCGCCGAGCUGAACCGAGUGCCAAGUUAUUCGACAGCAGUCAAGACACCUGCACGAUCUCGCACCCAGACAAGCGCCUUUGUUCCCGACUACCAAACGGCUCUGAGCGCUCCUCGGACACCGCCAAAUCUUGAGCCCAGCAACGGCAAUGACACUCUAUCGACUAUAACCGAGCACACAACCGGCGAGGGGCAUUUGCAACAUGUUGCCAGAGCUUUAUCGCCCCCCAUGGCCCGAUCUCACUCGGAUGACACAACGUCGCACAGGAGAUCUCUUCUCUUCCGCGCCAGAGACCAGACUGUCGCAGAGUAA